AUGGGUGAGCGACUGGGCAAGCAAAGUUCCAAGCAUGCUCACAGACGUCCCCUCUAUUACAUCAGCGAAGCUUCAACUAUGCCGCUUAUUAUUAGAAGUAUUAGGAGACAAAAGUCAGGAUGGGGAGCUGUCAGUAGCGACACCAUUCCAGUCAGUUCGUCCCGCCAUUCGCACGCCAUUUUCGGCGAAGGCGAUGCACCGACACUACCAAGAAGCUUGGCGGCUGUGCGAAACACCUUCUGUCCUCCUACUUGCGCCUUGUGCUCGGACACGGACCUUGAGAGACUCGAAGCAUGGGUGAAACAGGUCGACCUUAUUCUCCGCCUUAGCGCAGGUGGCACAAAUAACAUCUUUGUUUCAAGAACCGCAAUAACACCUCAAGGGUCAUGCAGGAAGCUGCAGCAUGAUGUGUUUCUCUGCGUUGAAUACGACAAGCCAUCUUUGCUUAGUAGAGUCAAGAAACAUGACUAUGUUCUUAAACACCUUUGUCCAAUGGUUUCCUAG